UUGAGCUGAAAAGGGUGCACACAUAGUAUUAAAGCCCAGUAGGCUUACAUAAGAAAAAUGCCUUCAGCAAAAGACAAGCUCUUGAGAAAGGAACGUAUCCUUGAAUUUAUCCGAGAAAACCGAGAGCUCAGGCCCAUCAACUCAACGCCAGUUCUUCAAGCACCUUUAUCAAAAAAAGAUGAGACCUUGCGGCAAAAAAAAAGAGUUACAUUUAUCCAUUCUAAGCAGAGAAGCAUUGGAGACUCAACGAGAUCCAGAGAUAAUGAUAAAAUUAUUGGACAAGGACUAACGUCAUGUUUAAUUACCAAGUCCUCGGAUACCAGAUUAAAUAGUGGUGGCAGUAAUGCAGCGGAAAAUCUUGCGGAGAAACCUCAAGCAGAUGGUAAAAACCCAUUAAAAUCUUCCAAUUCACGUAUGCCAGCCGGUGCCAACAAUCCUGCAGAGCGAAAUGUGGGAACAUUGCCUCGAACCGAUAGUGAAUGCCAGUUUAAGGAACCUGGAAUCUUCUUCCUCCAAAAAGUGCACUCCGAUUUUGCUACUCAAGAAGUCAAGCUCAACUCGAAGCCUUUGAGAAAGGAGUUGAAAAACAAAUGUGACUUCUUUCCCAAGUAUAUGGACAAUCGUCCUUUCAAGGAUGAGGCCACCCAAACACUUUACAGAGAAUCUUCUGCUCAGACCUUGGCCUUUCUACCGGAGUUAGCGAAUCAAGAAAAAUCAGAAACCCUCGAGCUUUUCACGCUGGCUAAAUUACUGCCAGGCGAUAAGCCACCAGGAUUACAUGAAGUCGAGUUUCUGGAGCGAGCUCGUAAACGAUGGGACUUUGGUAAAGCCCUCCAGACAAACCUGAAAAGACGUCUAGUUGAGGCACGAAAAGUUUGUGUGAAAACAAAGUACAAGGAGAUUUUCGAUGCCUUCGAGUGGGAGCAGUGGAUUCAGCGGGAGGAGGACAUCCAGGAGUGCCAGAUGAUGCGACUUCAGAUCGUAAUCAAAAUGUUUGACAAGAGGGAGAAGGAGAUGCACGCCGCUUCGAAAACUCGAAUCGAGCAAUCGUUCGAACGCAUCGAUAAACGUCGACGAGCGGAUUUGCGCAAAAACGAAGUCGAAUACCAGAAGGGAAUGCGUCGAAUAAGUAUUCAGUUGGCCAAAACCUGCAGAAAGUGGGAGAAGCAGAGUCCCAUGCAAGCAUUAGGUUCUCCUUGUUCCGAGUUCUAUGGACCUCUGAUCAGACAUGGUGUAGAUCCAGCCAGAAGAAGUUUUGCAUCGAAAACCGAACGAAAAGCAUUCGAUAUGAGAAUUGAUGAUCUGGAGAAGCGGGUCAACAUGCGAAAUGUACAGUGUCCAUUCAGCAAACUGAAGGAAUGGUCCAAGCCGAAGGAAUAUGACAGGGAGUAUGAGAGGAACUUCUGCAAUGAUGGCAAUCUUCAGAGGCUCUACGAAUCGUUGAAAACUUUGAGAACCCAACAAGACCAGGCAAAAGAUGCACCUUUGUGUCUGAAAACACGAUUGCGUAUAGAACGGCAACAUUCCAGUUCGGAUUCAGACGAUUCCUAUCUGCAUUACAAUAUAAACUCCAGAAAGACUCGUUUCACCGAACAUUCUGUUCCGAGCACAUUGAAGAAGUUGCAAGCUACGAGUUCCGCAGUUUCGAGGCAACCACGAAAAUCUGAGAAGCAGAGAAGCUCAACGAUAAAACGAGAGGACUUGGAACACCUUAUAAGCUCCUACGAAGGCAGUUAUAUUGGCACCAUUAUGCAGUUCCUCUCCAAUGAAAUGCAACGAUUGAAGGAGCUGCGAAAGCUCCACUUCUUCUGUAUUUUGGCGCAAAAAGAACGCUGGAAACGCGAAGCGGCCGAGGCUGGUUUAAGACAGAAGGAGAACAGCAUGAGAAUGGUCUACGAGGAGGUAUUUCAGCACUGCCAUGUGGUUCACGGGGAAGUGGGUGAAAAGUAUACCGAUACGAUCAUGGCGAGCGAUAUUGGUCAUAUGAUCGAGAACGAAACGGCCGAAGAUGUUACCGAAAUGGCAAGGCAAAUUGAUAAGGAUAUAGAACGGUGGCUCGAGUCCUUCAAGCUCAUCCAAACUCCGCUCACUUAUACACCACUACGAUUGAUGUUGCAGGACAUGGUCUGCCCCGACUUGAAUGAAGUACUUCGGCGAUAUGAAAACUCUAUGAUUGCCAAGUACAUUGUAGAAGAUGUGAUAUUUGGAGAAGUUUGGCAGGAACUAGAGCCGUUCGAUAUAGCUAGCACUUUGACGAGCGACUUGAUUGAUCGCCUCAUCGACAACGAUUUGUAUUUGUUCUCCUCCGACAGCGAACCCGACAGUCAGGAGAAGAUGUCUUGGUACGAAUCCCAUGCCAUUAUAAGGAAACUCAUUCGACAAGCGGUUCCUGGCAGGCGAUGGUUGGAGGAAACCGAGAGGAUUGCCAUCGAAACCUACAACGGUCUGCUCGACGAUGUCUUUGCCGAAAUCAUUGCCAAAAUUGAGAAUCCGCCACCGGUUCAGUCAUGCGAUCUCGUGCCACUUUGCAAAAGUAAAGCAUAUGAUAGUUUUGGACCCCUUGGUCCCAGAAGAAUGUUCCAUGAGGAGCCGGCCUCUCGUUCCGAUUCUCUGCAACAAACAACUCUUUUGCGAAGUCAGUUUCUUUCUCUAAUUAAGAAGUUUAGGCAGGACAAGGUAACCAAGAAAUUGGAAGGUGAUGAACAAUUCCCAGAAGGCAAUGAUGAUUCUGAUUUACCUGAACGCUUCAUCAAAAGCGAAUCGCUUGUAAAUCCCGAUGUCACGAUUCGCAGGAGAACCGCAUCAGAUCCUAACCUACACAGCAUCCUGAGCACACUUAACAUUUCCGAAUUUUUUGAUAAUCCAGACGAAUUACGGGUUUCGGAUAAACAUGAAAGUGUUGAACCAAUUUUUGCGGAGACCAAAGUUACUAAAGACUUAGAACUUAAAGCAGAAGCGGAAUCACUUAAAUUAGAAGAUGAAGUAGAAGGAGAAAUUCAAGAGCCAGAAUAUGAACUUCAAGAUCUAGAAGGUGAUGAACUAAAUUAUAGCGGAGUAUUAUAUGCGGAAACCGAUCAUUAUCAAACAACCUCAAUUGACGACGAAGAUAUUGAAGCCGAGGCAGAGGAAGAGGACAAAGAAGGAGUUGUUUAUAUCUCCAAGGAUUCACAGCUCUUCAAUUUCAGAUAAUUUCCUGAAGUUUCCGAUAUUUACUUCUUGGGUAACGGUGAUUUUCGUUACUUUCAUACGCGAGGUUUUUUUUGGAAUUUAUAUCAGAAUGCAACAUAAAUAAAUAAAUAUGAUUGAGCAUAUA